GAUGUGAAAUCUAGUUUGAUUCGGGGUUUUAUCACUGAGCUUGUAAGCAUGGGUCAAUAUGAUGAUGCCCAUAGUCAGAUGCCAGUUCAGUUCCUUCCACACUGGAGCUUCCCAUACAACUUCACUCUGGAGAGGUUCCAAAUCUGCCAGUUCCAGAAAACAUCUUACCAUGGACCUUUGCCCAUGUGUCAUGGUGACGACAUCGACUCUUGCCCUUUAGUUCUGGCCAAGGAGUGUGCCACUGAGCAUUUAAACCUUGCUAAAAAG